CGCCGACGUUCAACCGCUCACCACAUCACACACCCUCAUCGAAAUGGGCAAGACGAUCACCUUUGCGCCUGGCCUCGACGUGCCCACACCUGGGCUUGGCACCAUGUCCCUCUCUCCCGGCGUAUACGGGAGCGUGGAUGACAAUGAGUCGCUUCGCGCCCUCAAGACAGCUCUUGAUAUCGGUUGCACGUUCUGGGACAGUGCUGUUCUGUACGGUGCAGGGCAGAACGAGACUCUCCUCGGCCGCUUCUUCAAGGAGAACCCGGGCUCUCGGGAGCGCGUCACGCUCGCGAGCAAGUGCGCCUUCGACAUCCACGCGCCUCCCGACCCCGUGUCCCGCUUCAAGAUCACCAACGCCCCAGCCCAUAUCGCGCAGUUCAUCGAGGAGAGCAAGGAACGCCUCGGCUCGUACCCCGACAUCUACUAUCUCCACCGCAUCGACCCGGACACGCCUCUCGAGCAGAGCAUUCCCGCGCUACAGAAACUCAAGAACGACGGCAAGGUCAAGUAUAUCGGCUUGAGCGAGUGCAGUGCGGACACGCUGCGCAAGGCGUGCAAGAUCGCGCACAUCGACGUCUUGCAGAUCGAGUACGGGCCGUUCGACCAGAGCUCCGAAAACAACGGCCUGAUGGCUGCGGCGCGUGAGCUCGGUGUCGCGGUCGUCGGCUACUCCCCGCUUGGACGCGGCAUGUUGGCGGGUAACAUCCGCAGCCGUGACGACCUUGAGGAGGGCGACUUCCGCCGUUUCAUGCCCCAGUACUCGGAGGAGAACAUUGCGCACAACGUCGCGCUGGCUGACCGCUUCAACGAGAUCGCCAAGAAGAAGGGUGUCACCGCCUCUCAACUCGUGCUGGCUUGGGUGGCCGAGAAGGGCGUUAUCCCCAUCUUCGGCACGCGCCAGGCUGCACGCGUCAAGGACAACUUCGCCGCCAACAGCAUCACGUUUACGCCCGAGGAAAAGAAGGAAAUCGACGACCUUGUCGCGCAGAACACACCCAAGGGUGAGCGCUACCCCACCCAAAUGAUGAGCACCGUAGGCCGCUAG